AUGGCUACCGUGCUAAUAUGCCGAAGAUUUCCAAGGCUGAGCAGGGUGACUACAUUUUCGACUGCAGCCAAGCUCAAGGCCGAGAGCGGAAGCAGCAAAAGUAAGCAGAAUAGGGAGGAGACCGCAGAAACGGCUGACGCCGGCGCCGAAUCUCCAACUGCAAUCCAGCUGCUGAAUCCUCUGGACUACAGGGUGUCGUAUAAUCCGUCUGCCUAUGCCAAAAGCAGAGCUGCCUCCCAGCAGCACGCGGCUAGGAUCGGUGGCCGGGCUCUCGGGGAUGUUUUCACUGACCCUGGUGCUGCGUGGAUUCAACAGACGUUCGAUGCUGCCUCUUCUCAGGCUUCGCCACCCGUCCGAAACGCCCUGCCAAAGCCCGAGCCCAAACCGCUCCUCGAGCAGAACGUCUCGGCGGCGCAAACCGACGAGGAGGCGGAAAAGGCAAAAACAGAGAUGCACGACUCCAAGGAGGACCCUCGCAUGUUUCAGAAGGGUAGGCCCGAGUACAGAUCUCUCAGCUACGACAAGUUUGAGCCAGUCGAGACCCUUCCUUUAGAAGAAGGCGACUCGAUUUUGCACGGCGUGUCCGUAGGCAAAGGCAGCCAGAGUCCGGGAACUCUCACGGAUUAUUUUUGCAAGCUGAGCCGUUUACCAGCGGAAAGACGCGCGGCCUUGGUGUCCGAGCCCGCGUUUAAUACGCUGUCUCACCGUGCUGUCAGAAACAUCGGGUCGUUCGCUACUUCAGAUCUCAUCAACAUUUUAAAGGCUUGCGUCCGUCUGGUCGUUCCGCCCACCCACCCGCUGCUGAACGCGUGCGAGAAGGAAUUCUGCCGCCGGGCGUGGGACAUGAACCUGGACCAGCUGCUGCUGGUGGCCGAUUGCUGGCGCUGCCUAGACCGCGGCGUCCCUUCCUACCUGAGCAUUUUGUUCAGCUACGCCAACGUGCACUGGAAAGACCUCGCUUUGCCCCAGUUUGUUCAGCUUGUUUACAUCAUCGGGGAAGGCCGGAGGUCGCCCGCGGAUUUGGUGCAGAAGGUGGAGAGCUCGAUUUUGAAGCACUUGGACUCCUUCACUCUGGAGGAGGUGGGUGCCGUCUGCUUGGGGCUCUUUAAGUCCCUCAGCGGCAUCUCUGACCACGUCAUGAGAAAAAUUGCAGACAGAGUGUCCCUGCAGAUGGAAGACAUGAGCACUUUCGCUUUGGUGAACGUCCUUAAAAUGCUCCGCUACGCUCGCAUGGACCACUUACCCCUCCUGAAGGAGCUUGGGAAGGUUAUUCCCGCUCGGAUUCCUACGGUAAACAUCCAGGGCAUCAUGCACAUCACUCUGACCUGUUCCUCCCUGCACUACUUCGACGAAGGCAUUAUGGCCGCUGUAGCCUUGUCUUUGCCUUCCAAGGUGACUUUCUGCCGAAGCAAAGACGCCGCCAAGUUCCUGUGGUCGUACGGAUGCCUGGACUAUGAGCCUCCAAACGAGGAGGAGUUUUACUCCAGCCUGAUAGAGCAGAUGCACCGAAAACUCCACGAAUUUCAGAAGUUUCCAGAGCAUCUCCUUACCGGUUUGCUUGGCCUGGCGUUUGUCAAACGCUUCCCAGAGGAGCUGAUAGACUACGCUUUGAGGAGCGAGUUUGUCCAGAAAACGAGAGGUAGCAAAUACGAGCUCAAAAAGGACCUGUUCACUCUCGGUAAGAGUGUUGAAAUCGAGUGCCCGAGCUACCAAGGCAGCCGCCUUCCGCCUCACCUUUAUCAAGAGAUGACCGAGAUGGUUUUGAAUUUUGCAGAGCGAGAAAUCUACGUCAGGCCUGAAAUUGUGGAAGCCGCGUCUCUUCUCGAGAGCAUGUUGGGUGGCCCCGAAUACGUGAAAAACCACAUGAUCCUGCCCCACACGAGAACGAGCGAUCUGGAGGUUCACUUGGCUGUGGAUGGACGUCCUGUCCCUUUCAACUUGAAAGACCCUGUUGCAGAUAAACUAAAAGACGUCGGGGUGAGGCUGACGGAUGAUUUAAUGAGCCAGCUUAUCAAAGGGACAUCUAAUAGCCCGUCUCCUGUCGGGAUGGAAAACAAAGUUGGGACUCCUGGCCCGGAGAGGGAAGGAGCGCGACCACCGCACGUGGGGGAUGAUGCCGCUGUGUUUUCAGGCGGAUCUCUUCCUGUAGGUGCCGGAUUGCGAGUUGAGCCUUACUCAAGACCCUCUCUUGAAACCCCCCCGUCCCUUGCGUUGAGUUUGCAGCCUCGGAGGGUGAAGCUGGCUCUUCAGGUGUCCAACCGAAACCACUACUGCUACUGCUCCAAGCGGCUCCUGGGGCUGCACUGCUUGAAACGGCGGCAGCUGCGGCAGCUGGGCUACGUGGUGGUUGAGCUUCCCUUCUGGGAAUGGUUUCCUCUGCUCAAGCGCACGCGGUUGGAGAAACUGAGCUACCUCCACUACAAGGUGUUCGACCCCGCGCUGCUUAGCAGGGCUGGGUAG